AUGGCAGAAGUAGAGGAUGAAGAAAUCCGCCAAGCAGCUUUAAAAGGUAGACUAACCUCUGUUGUAAGAAUGUCUUUGCUUGAAGGUCAUGAUAGACGUCGAUACAAUCUUCUUUCCCAUGAGGAAGUUGCUAUUGUGUUUGUGGGAGACGAUGGUGCUCCACCUGCAUCCAGGGAAAUUGUUAUAUACCCUCGAGGUCAGCCUUUAAGAACAAUUUCUUCUAUGUCUGCAAAUUUGGAUCCUUUGGUAUAUCCAAUAUUCUUCCCGAGAGGUGAUGCUGGAUGGCACAAUCAACUAGAGCACAACCCUGACCGUGCAACCCGUGUUAGAAACCAUGUUACUUUGUCUCAGUAUUAUAAUUAUAGGCUUGCUGUUAGACAAACUUUUAGUCCUAUAUUCUAUGGUAAGAAACUUUUUCAGCAAUAUGUUGUUGAUGCAUAUGUCAAAGUUGAGGGACAGCGCCUUGCUUUUAUUAGAAAUAACCAAAACAAACUUAGAAGUGAGCAAUAUGAUGCAUUGCAUGAACAUGUAAUUAAUCGUGCUAAUGAUCUUAAUGUAAGACCAGGCCGUGUUGUUAUAUUGCCUUCUUCAUAUGUUGAGGAUAUUUUUAAGCAUGGAGUCUUAGGCAAAGUUGUAAGUCAUGUGCAGGUUAUUGAGUUUCAAAAGCGUGGUUUGCCACAUGUACAUAUUUUAUUGCACUUUGUAAAUGCUGAUAAGCUAGAAACAGCAGAAGAUAUUGAUAGUUUGAUAUCAGCAGAAAUCCCAGACCCAGCUGUUGAUCCUGAACUUUUUGAAAUUAUAAAAUCAUGCAUGAUACAUGGACCAUGUGGAAUUUUAAAUCCCAAUUCUCCCUGCAUGAAAGAUGGUAAAUGCACAAAAAAAUUUCCUAAGGAAUUUAAUCCCCACACUGUUGCAAUUUUUAAUGGUUAUCCACGCUAUAGGCGCGUCGAUAAUGGAAGAAUUGUAAAUAUAAAAGGUUAUCAAGUUGACAACCGUUGGGUUGUACCUUAUAACCCAUGGCUUUCUAAAAAAUAUCAAGCACACAUAAAUGUUGAAGCCUGCAUGACCAUAAAGUCAGUUAAGUAUUUAUAUAAGUACAUUUACAAAGGGCAUGACUGUGCCAAUGUGGUGAUAAAUGAGCAAGUUAACCAUGAUGAAAUAAACACGUUUUUAAAUUGUCGCUAUGUCUCAGCUCCAGAAGCAUUGUGGCGAAUAAUUGAGUAUUCUUUAAGUGAUAUGUCACAUAACAUCAUUCGACUUCAGGUUCAUCUGCCAGAUAAUCAGAUGAUAUAUUUUGUAGAAGGCGAAGAACAGGCAGCUUUAGACCGUGCAGCACAGCGUGACACUCACCUAACUGCAUGGUUUAAAUUAAAUGUUGAAAAUGAACAAGCCCGACACUAUCCAUAUGUUGAAAUUCCUUACCACUUUGUUUUUGAUAGCAAACAUUGUAAAUGGAAAGUUAGGCAAAGAGGUAGCAAUAAGGUGAUUGUUAGGAUGUAUAAAGUGAGUCCAAUAGGUGAAAUAUUUUAUCUUAGAAUGUUACUUUUGCAUGUUAGAGGUGCAGUUUCUUUUGAAGAUUUGCGUACUGUUAAUGGUACAGUUUUUAAUACAUUCCCAGAAGCAUGUUCUCAAUUAGGUCUGUUACAAGACGACGCUGAAUGGAGAAAUACAUUAACUAAGGCUGCUGCAACUCGGUUGCCAAAUCAAAUUAGACAGUUGUUUUCCAUUAUUUUGACUUUCUGUGAACCUGAUGAUCCAUUAAAUCUUUGGAAUGCCUUUAAAGAUUUUAUGAUGGAGGAUUACAUUCACCAUUCCAUGCCACCAAUAAUUGCUGAGCAGGCAGCUUUGCGUCAAAUUGAAUCUAUAAUUAAUCAGAAUGGUAAGACUUUAGCUGAUUUUAAUCUUCCUACUUUAGAUGAGUUUUUAGAUUAUGUCCCACAAAAUGAAGAGGAAGAUGUUCAGGUUUUAAUUGAUGAAGCAAAUAGGAAUAGACCAUUGUUAAAUGAUAAUCAGCGUCAAAUUGCUGAUGCUAUCCUUUCUGCUCUUAGUGAGCAACCUAACAAUGAAAACAAGCAGUCUAGAUUGUUUUUUAUGGAUGGCCCUGCAGGUUGUGGUAAAACAUUUACAUACAAUUAUUUAAUCGCUGAAACCAGCAGUAGACAUAAUAUAACUGCAACAGCUGCAUGGACAGGAAUAGCUGCAACUCUUUUAAAAAAAGGAUGUACACUUCAUGGUUUGUUCAAACUUCCUGUGCCGGUUUUGGAAAAUAGCACAUGCAAUGUAACUCCAAAUUCUAUACACGGAAAAUUCUUAAGGCAAGUUAGCCUUUAUUUACUAGAUGAGGCAUCCAUGAUACCUAAACAUGCUUUAAAUGCCAUUGAUAAGUUACUUCAAGACGUUUGCAUCAACAAGUUUCCUUUCGGUGGUAAAGUUAUUCUUAUGGGUGGGGAUUUUAGGCAAAUACUUCCGGUUGUAAAGAGAGGGCAACCAGCUGAUAUUGUUGAAACCUGUAUAAAAUGUUCUCAACAUUGGCAAUAUGUUCAGCGAUUUUCAUUAACAGAAAAUAUGAAGGUUCAGGCCGAAGAAGAGGAAUUCUCUCAAUGGCUUUUAAAACUUGGUAGUGGAACAUUACCUUUAAAAGCAUAUGGUUCCUUUCGCGGGUGCAUUGAGAUUCCUGAGCAAUGCUUGCUUGGAGAAAAUGAAUCUUUAGUUGACAAGAUUUUUGGAGUUGCAGAAGAAGAUGAUUAUGCUAAACGUGCCAUUUUGACACCCAAUAAUGUUGAUUCUUUAGCAAUAAAUGAAGAAGUUUUGGACCGUUUACCAGGUGACGUUAAGGUUUAUUUAAGUGCUGAUACUAUUGAAACAGAUGAUCUUAACGAAAUCAAUAAUUUUCCUGUUGAGUUUUUAAACAGUCUUACUCCAUCAGGAAUGCCUGUUCAUUGCCUAAAGCUAAAAAUUGGUGCUGUUAUAAUGUUACUUCGAAAUUUAGAUCUAAAAGCUGGACUUUGCAAUGGUACCCGAUUGAUAGUGCGUGCUCUACAAAAUAAUUACAUUGAUGGGCAAGUUCUAACAGGUGUUUCAGUUGGCAAGAGGGUAUUUGUCCCUCGGGUUCAGUUAACACAAUCUGAUUCAAAUUUACCUUUUACUCUUAAGCGUUGUCAAUUUUCUGUAAGAUUAGCAUACUCAAUGACCAUAAAUAAAAGUCAAGGUCAAACUUUUGACAAAGUUGGUUAUAUUUUGUAA